UUUGUAGUUUCUAAGUUAGGAGGAAACCAAAAAUGGAUGAAACAAGAAAGCAGUCAAAAUGGUCUUAUUGAUCCGAAUGAUCCUAAGGGGCAACUGAUACAAUUCAGCAAUGCCAUUAUCUUCAAAGGGAAGUUUUAUGCACUAAGUUCGCAAGGAACCCUGGCUGUAAUAGAAGAAGUUGAAAAUCAGUUUCAAGUCACGCGAUUUAGUAGAAGGCAAGCCAUUCCUUCAAGCUACUCAAGGCAUUUCAUAGAGUACUUGGUUGAAUCUAAUGGAGAGAUCUUGCUCAUUUUUCUGAUCUCAGAAAGAUCAAACAGGGUGGUGGACAAAGUGGAAGUGUUCAAGCUGAAGAUUGAAGAUUUGUCAUGGUUAAGAUUGGAAAACCUCGGGGAUAGAACGUUAUUCGCAGGGAUUAAAUGUGGUAUGUCAGUGCCUGCAAGUCAAAUUGGCUGCAGAAACAACUGUGUCUAUUUUACUCAUCAUUACAUUGAUGGCUGGAGACUGUAUGAUAUAGGAAGUGGCUGCAUUUCCCCCUGUUAUGAUGAUGCUGGUUCUGAGAUUAAAGAUCCAGUGUGGGAGGAGCCAAUAAUUGGAAAAAGAACAUCACGACGAUGA